AUUCGAGCAGCAGACAACUUUUAUCUAACUCCUUCUACAAGUAAGCCUUGGAGAUAUAGCUAAAAGUUGUACCGGCUACAUCAUGGCAAAUUAUGGUAGUGGUGAAGACAACUAUGAGUAUGAUGUUGCGGAUAACGAGUCUUACUGUAAUUUUCAAGAAUGGCUACCGUCCUUCUCCAUUAUUCCAGUGCUUUACAUGACCGUUUUUGUCCUGGGACUGUCAGGGAAUGGAGUGGUCAUCUUCACCGUGUGGAAGUCCAAACCAAAACGGAGAUCAGCUGAUACCUAUAUUGGCAAUCUGGCGCUGGCCGAUUUGGCUUUUGUGGUCACCUUACCCUUGUGGGCAGUGUACACAGCUUUGAAUUACCACUGGCCCUUUGGCUCGUUCCUGUGCAAGCUCAGUUCCUACCUGGUGUUGGUCAACAUGUAUGCGAGUGUUUUCUGCCUGACCUGCCUUAGCUUUGACCGUUAUCUGGCCAUAGUACAUUCUCUGACUAGUUCCCGGCUCAGGUCCAGAGACACUAUACUGGCAUCGCUGGGAAUUAUUUGGACUUUGUCUGCAGUGCUCGCCCUGCCUGCCUUCAUCCUUCGCAAAACCAAAUAUGCAGUUAACAACACGGUGCUUCAGUGCGAUAUGGACUUCAGUGACUUUGCAGUCCCACAGGAGGAAGAGAUCUACUGGCUGGCCGGUUUGGGUCUCAGCACAACCCUGUUAGGUUUUGUCCUUCCUUUCCUGUUAAUGACAGUUUUUUACUGCUUCAUCGGAAGAACAGUUACCAAACAUUUCCAGAACGUCAAGAAAGAAGACCAGAAAAAGAAACGACUCCUCAAGAUAAUCAGUACUUUGGUGGUGGUCUUUGCCAUCUGCUGGAUGCCAUUUCAUGUUCUGAAAACCGCUCACAACAUGGAAAUGCUCGGACUUUUCAGUAUCCCCUGUCCUUUUCACGAGUUCAUAAUACAAGCCCAUUCAUAUGCCACUUUCUUGGCUUACCUCAACAGCUGCCUGAACCCUUUCCUUUACGCUUUUUUUGACCUGCGGUUCAGGUCCCAUUGUUUUUACUUACUGCGUAUAGGAAAGGCUGGGCAUAAACAGAUCAGCUCUCUCUCCUCCACCAUGAGUGGACAAACACAGAAAUCAGAAAUUCAGUCACUGGGAACGAAGGUUUAGGUGUCAGACCAGAUCACCUCAAAGAACGAGCACUGGAGAAGGACUUACUUGCGUCAUGGCCAAAGGUUUUCAAAAUGCUCUCUCUGGACUUUCCAAUGAAAUAAAUGACAGCUGAUGAAGCAAAACAUUUGGAAAAAGAUCAAAGUAGAGAGUUAAAGAAGCAUUUGAUGCCCUGGUCAGUUCCAUUCCUAGAUUUUAAAACUGCGUGCCACGUCAGGUGGGACUUCGGCUGGGGUUAUCCAGCCACUAGAGUGUUGUGUAGGAAAAGACAUUAUACCAGACCCUGCAGCUGGCCUGGGGCUGGACUUUGUGGGACUGAGACAGCAGCAAUGUUUUUUUUAGAGAAAGGCAAAUUGUUCUGCAUAAAAAAUAAAAAUAUAAAAAUUGCAGGUAAACGCCAAACAAAGUUGUGUUCAUUGUUCUGAUAUUCAAUGUGAAUUUGAAUGGUUUAUUUCGGUGAAACGUAUAAUAAUGAGGUUUACAUUUGUACAACAGAGUACACAUGGCGUUUCCAACACAGCACUUGAAAAGUUGAAUUGAGUGUGUAGAAACCGAAGUUGUAGUUAACAGCUUUAUAUUGUACAGUUCUUCAAAACGUUUUUUGUUACUUUUCAAAAAGUUUUGUUUACAUUGCACAUAUUAUGCAGAGGUUCUAAUGUGAUGGUGUGUGUAAAUAUUAUGUUGAUGGUUCAUGUCUUUCUUAAACGAGCUUCGAUUGAUACUUGCCUUAUUUUGAUAGCCACGCUUGUUUACUGGACAAAGUUCCUGCGACUAACUUAGGAAAAUACAUUACUGUUCUGGGUCUUUUUGACAGUUUCUGAAAUGUGCUGAUGUAAAGCGAGCCACUAUGUGUGAAAAUCCAUUUGACCAUAAAAUACAAAUAAAAUGUCAUAUCGUGUAUCAUCAA